AUGGUGUUUCCUCGCGUCAGAACUCCCUAUCCACAGCAAGGCACAGGUGUUCGCAGCUACAAUCAAGCCUAUCAGGGUACAGAGUCAGAAGAAAUGGUGGUUGCUACAAUCAAGUGCGUCGUGGUAGGCGAUGGUGCUGUUGGAAAGACAUGUCUCCUCAUCUCAUACACCACCAACAAAUUUCCAAGCGAGUAUGUCCCAACCGUCUUCGACAAUUAUGCGGUAACCGUCAUGAUCGGUGAUGAGCCUACACUCUCGACCGAUGUCUUCCUCGUCUGCUUCUCUGUCACAUCACCCGCCUCAUUCGAGAACGUCCGCGAGAAAUGGUUUCCGGAGGUUCACCACCACUGCCCUGGCGUUCCGUGCUUGAUCGUGGGUACUCAGACCGAUUUGCGCGAUGAUCCCUCUGUGCGUGAGAAGCUGUCCAAGCAGAAGAUGGCUCCGGUUAAGAAGGAGGAUGGUGAGCGCAUGGCUAAGGAGUUGGGUGCUGUCAAAUAUGUCGAGUGCUCCGCUUUGACCCAAUACAAGCUCAAGGACGUGUUCGACGAGGCCAUCGUCGCCGCUCUCGAGCCGCCCCCAAAGAAGAGCAACACAAUCUGGCGCAAAUGCAACGACUUCGCUGAGGCCGAUGCAAAGCCUUCCUCCGCCCUCACAAAUGUGACGGCUCGGUCGAGAGAGCCGCUGCUCAGCUCAUUUAAUUCGAAACUUCGAAGACGGAACAGUCAUGGAGCACCAUUGCCAACCACACAGACUUUAGCGCCCAACGCACCCAGGACGGGAGCACAAAGGACCACCAAAACCGUCGAGAAGCUCAAGAUCUUGCCGAAUCCUGAUGUGGCUGAAGACGAUGUUGAUGAAGAGUCUGGGCGAGACGUAUACUCGCAGUUCACUCGCAUCAAGGAUCCCACCGCGAGAAGAGACGCCGCAAGACUUGGGAAGGCAGACCGCGAGCGACUGCCCCGAGUUACAGCCUACUGCGUAGCCCAGGGGUACAGGUUAGAAGGCAUAAUGAAAUUCAUGAAAUCACGAAAUCGCACACGUGGCGCGAACCCCAAACUCUUCGACGAAUGCCUCUACAGCCCCUACGACUACGAUCACCUCAAGAAAGCCUCGGCCAGCCGCACCGAGCGAAGUCGAAGUCCUGAAGAGCAACGCCGCUCCAGCCCCGUCCAAGAACGACUAGCCCAAGUAAUGCGCCAAUCCCCACGCCUGAAAGCCGGAGAGCGACGCUACUCCGAUUCUGCCGUCGAAGUCGACGACAACCAGGCCCAGAACCGCGCCGACCUGAUCGACUUGCACAACGAGAUGGGUCCGCCUAUAGUCGGCGACGUAGGUGACUCAGGCGACAUAGCCGUCAUGCCCGAGGCCAUCUCCCCAUCAGAAAUUCAACACCUACACCUCUCCGAGACCCACACUGGCCAUCCCGACGCCGCGAUCAACACCGACGUGCACACUCCCGAAAUCUUCAUCUUCGACUACGGCACCGUCGUCAUUUGGGGCAUGACCCCAACCCAAGAACAGCGCUUCCUGAACGACAUGUCCAAAUUCUCCGAAGCCCCUCUACCCCAGGAAAGCGUGCAGACGGAGAAUUUCAACUUCUACUACACCCAAGAGUACCAAGCUCGGAUCUACAACGACUUCAUCUCCCUCCGCGAUCCGCGUGGGCACAUGACGAAACUCGCUAUCAGCCAUGCGCUCUCGCAAUCCGUGAAAACAUCCUUGUUCGAGGAUCUAGUCUCGGAGACGAUCGAGACCACCAGUCCGCUUCCUGCGGUGAUUGCGCAAACGGGAAGUGUGAAUUUGACGCGGCGGCAGUUGAAUAUGCAGAUUGGGGAGUUGUUUGUGUUGCGAAUUAAUAUACAUCUGCAGGGGAGCGUGUUGGACAGUCCCGAGCUGAUGUGGGCGGAGCCGCAUCUGGAGCCGGUGUAUGCGGCGGUUAGGAGCUAUUUGGAGAUUGAGCAGAGGGUCGGGUUGUUGACGGAGAGGUUGGAUGUUAUCGCUGAUCUGCUUGCGGUCCUGAGAGAGCAGGGCAGUCGGAGGCAUGGCGAGGUUUUGGAGUGGAUUGUCAUCAUAUUGAUCGCCGCGGAGAUUCUGGUCGCGGGCAUCAACAUCGUCGUGGACUUGUACGCAGGCGUCGAUUGA